AUGUGUGAGGCAACUAUGUUUAGCCACAAUCAUAAUAGUUGUGAGGUAUGUUCUAUGGACCCCCGCGGCUGCGUGCAGGUUCAAAAUGAUGUGCAAGGGCUAAUGGAUCGAGGUGAGCUGGUUGUCACAAGGGAGGACAAGAGCAUUUGUGUUGUAAUCCCUAUGUUCAAGGAUAGUGCGAAGACAAUUGACGGUGUUACUCCGGUGUUCAAGGACAAUUCCAAGCCAGUCGUCACUCCUCUUGUGAUUUGUGUACCAAGACCCAAGCCGUUUUUCUCUCAAAACGCCAUGCCGUAUAACUAUGAACCUAGAAGCAUAGAGAAUGGUAAAGAGAUAUCCUUGAGUCCCUCAACUUCCGUGAGUAACAUUGCGGAGAAUAGUCAAAUUCUGAGAAGUGGACGUAUUCUUCCGGCUGUUGUGCAAGCAAAGAAGAAAGCUCCGGUGAUAGAAUCCGUGCCAGUACCAGAUCCUAGCAAGGGUAAGAGUGUGGUUCAACCUAGUGGAACUGAUAAUGAUGAGAUUUUGAAGCUGAUCAAGAAAAGUGAUUAUAAGAUAGUGGAUCAGUUAUUGCAGACUCCAUCAAAGAUUUCUAUCAUGUCACUAUUGACAAGCUCUGAUGCUCAUAGGGAUGCCUUGAUGAAAGUGUUGAAUCAAGCCUACGUAGACCAUGAUGUGAUUUUGGGUCAAUUUGGGAGCAUUGUUGGAAAUGUGACGGCAUGCAACAAUCUGAGUUUUAGUGAUGAAGACCUCCCAGUGGAGGGGAAAAAUCAUAAUAUGGCCUUGCAUAUCUCUGUUAUGUGCAAAACAGAUUCUUUGUCCAAUGUCUUGAUAGACACCGGUUCUUCCCUCAAUGUGAUGGCGAAGACAACCUUUGAUAAAUUAACAUAUUCAUAUGGAUUUAUUAGGCCUAGUUGCGUGUCAAUAAGGGCAUUUGAUGGAUCCAGGAAGACGGUAUGGGGAGAAGUAGAUUUACCUAUCACUAUUGGGCCCCAAGAGUUUAAAGUUACAUUCCAGAUAAUGGAUAUUCAAGCUUCCCACAACUGUUUACUUGGUAGACCAUGGAUUCAUGAAGCCGGGGCAGUAACAUCCACCCUUCAUCAAAAGCUAAAGUUUGUGAGUCGUGGAAAGCUUGUUACAGUGAGUGGGGAAUCAGCUCUUUUGGUUAGCCAUUUGUCGUCUUUUUCCUUCAUUGGUGGUGAAAGUUCGGAUGGAACAUUAUUCCAGGGGUUUUCGGUUGAAAGUGGUACUACGAGAGGUGAAACUUGCAUGGCCUCUCUAAAGGAUGCUCAGAGAGUAAUUCAAGAAGGAAAAGCUGAAGGCUGGGGGAAGUUAGUACAGCUGCCCGAGAACAAGCACAAAGAAGGUCUGGGUUUCUCCGGCAAUAAGCAAAUGAUGUUCGACCCAACUAGGGGUACCUUUCACAGUGCCGGAUUCAUUAAUGCGCCACCUGAGACUAAUGCAAUCUUGGAAGAUCAAUCAGAAGAGGUGGCACCUGACUUUGUGACUCCUGGUGGAAACUGCUGCAAUUGGAUUGCUGUUGACAUCCCUUCUGCGAUACCUCUUUCUAAACUGAACAUACAUGAGCCCGUUGAACAUGGUGACCCUAUGCUGCCUCCCAACUUUGAGUUCCCAGUUUACGAGGCUUGGGUAGAAGAGGAUGAAGAGAUUUCUGAUGAGCUCCGAUGGAUGUUAGAGCAAGAAAGAAAAGUCAUUCAGCCUCACAAGGAAGAAAUAGAGUUAAUCAACCUGGGCUCUGAGGAUGAUAAAAAAGAAAUUAAGAUUGGAGCGUCGUUGGAGGCGUCUGUCAAGAAAAAGAUAAUUGAGCUUCUCAGAGGGUAUGAUGAUAUAUUUGCAUGGUCCUACAAAGACAUGCCGGGGUUAGACCAUGAUGUUGUGGAACACCGUUUGCCUUUGAAGCCUGAGUGUCCUCCAGUCAAGCAGAAGUUAAGAAGAUCUCAUCCAGAUAUGGCUCUCAAGAUCAAAGAGGAAGUGCGAAAGCAAAUUGACGCAGGUUUCUUGAUCACCUCGGAAUAUCCUCAAUGGUUGGCCAACAUAGUGCCCGUUCCAAAGAAAGAUGGUAAGGUCAGAAUGUGUGUUGAUUAUCGGGAUUUGAACAAAGCUAGUCCGAAAGAUGAUUUCCCUUUACCUCACAUUGAUGUAUUGGUUGAUAGUACUGCUAGAUGCAAGGUAUUCUCCUUCAUGGAUGGAUUCUCCGGGUAUAACCAGAUCAAGAUGGCUCCAGAAGAUAGAGAAAAGACGUCGUUCAUCACGCCUUGGGGUGCUUUCUGCUACUUAGUAAUGCCGUUUGGGUUGAUAAAUGCUGGUGCCACUUACCAGAGAGGCAUGACUAAAAUAUUCCAUGAUAUGAUACAUAAAGAGAUUGAAGUGUGUGUGGAUGACAUGAUCGUCAAAUCAGGCACUGAAGAAGAACAUGUUGAAUCCGGCAAGCUCUUGGGUUUUAUUGUCAGCCAGAAGGGUAUUGAAGUAGAUCCCGACAAAGUCAAAGCUAUCAGGGAAAUGCCUGCUCCAAAGACAGAGAAACAAGUUAGGGGCUUUCUAGAAAGAUUGAACUACAUCUCCAGAUUUAUCUCUCAUAUGACUGCCACAUGUGGACCGAUAUUCAAGUUACUCCGUAAAGAUCAAGGGAUCGUUUGGACAGAAGAUUGCCAGAAAGCUUUUGACAACAUUAAAAGGUAUUUGUUAGAACCUCCGAUUCUUGUCCCUCCAGUCGAAGAGAGGCCUUUGAUCAUGUACUUGACCGUGUUAGAAAAUUCUAUGGGCUGUGUGUUGGGUCAACAAGACGAGACUGGAAAGAAAGAGCAUGCCAUUUACUACUUGAGUAAGAAGUUUACUGAUUGUGAGUCCCGAUAUUCUAUGCUUGAGAAAACCUGUCGCGCUUUGGCAUGGGCUGCUAUGCGUCUUCGUCACUAUAUGGUUAAUCACACUACUUGGUUGAUAUCCAAAAUGGAUCCGAUCAAGUACAUUUUUGAGAAGCCGACUUUAACAGGAAGAAUUGCUCGUUGGCAGAUGUUAUUGUCCGAGUAUGAUAUUGUCUACCGCACUCAGAAAGCCAUCAAAGGUAGUAUUCUUGCUGACCAUUUAGCUCAUCAACCAAUUGAAGAUUAUCAGCCUAUCAAGUUUGAUUUUCCAGAUGAAGAGAUCAUGUAUUUAAAAAUGAAAGAUUGUGACGAACCAUUGUUUGGUGAAGGUCCCGAUCCAGACUCUAAGUGGGGUUUGAUAUUUGAUGGGGCCGUUAAUGUCUAUGGUAAUGGAAUAGGGGCGGUUAUCCUUACUCCAAAGGGUACUCACAUUCCUUUCACUGCAAGACUCCAGUUUGAUUGCACGAACAACAUUGCAGAAUAUGAAAUCAAAGGAAAAUGGGAAACUCACCAUGAUGGUUUGGUACCUUACAGAGACUAUGCAAGACGUCUGUUGACUUUCUUCAACAAAGUGGAACUGCACCACAUUCCUCGGGAUGAGAAUCAAAUGGCAGAUGCCCUAGCUACUUUAUCUUCAAUGAUCAAAGUGAAUCGUGGCAACGACGUGCCGCUGAUCAGUGUCAAAUUCCUUGAUAGGCCUGCUUAUGUGUUUGCAGCCGAAGCAGUUUUCGAUGAUAAGCCGUGGUUUCAUGAUAUUAAAGUGUUUCUCCAAACUCAAGAGUACCCUCCUAGGGCAUCCCGUAAAGAUAAGAGAACUUUAAGAAGAUUGUCUGGUAACUUCUUUCUAAGUGGAGAUGUUUUGUACAAAAGGAACUUUGAUUCAGUUUUGCUCAGAUGUGUGGACCGACGAGAAGCAGAUUUAUUAAUGCAAGAGAUACAUGAAGGCUCAUUCGGGACCCAUUCUAGUGGAUAUUCAAUGGCUAAGAAAGCAUUGAGAGCAGGCUACUAUUGGAUAACGAUGCAUGCUGACUGCCAUCACUAUGCCAAGAAGUGCCACAAGUGCCAGAUUUAUGCGGAUAAGAUUCAUGUGCCACCGUCAAUGCUCAAUGUUAUCUCGUCACCAUGGCCGUUCUCUAUGUGGGGUAUUGAUAUGAUUGGUCGGGUCGAACCAAAAGCUUCCAAUGGACAUCGUUUCAUACUAGUGGCCAUUGACUACUUCACCAAGUGGGUUGAAGCGGCUUCUUAUGCCAAUGUGACCAAGCAGGUGGUGGUCCGGUUUAUCAAGAACAAUAUCAUAUGUCGCUAUGGUGUCCCUAACAAGAUCAUCACGGAUAAUGGUACGAAUUUGAACAAUAAGAUGAUGAAGGAAUUAUGUGAUGAUUUCAAGAUUGAGCAUCAUAAUUCUUCUCCUUAUAGACCCCAGAUGAAUGGUGCGGUCGAAGCGGCAAACAAGAAUAUUAAGAAGAUUGUGCAGAAGAUGGUGGUCACCUAUAAGGACUGGCAUGAGAUGUUACCCUAUACUUUGUAUGGUUACCGUACUUCAAUAUGCGAUGCUGAUGAAUGUGAUGAUAUGACUGCACAUGAUACAAGCAUGAAUGUAAAGAUGAUGCAUAAAAGACUGAUUGGGGGACAAUUGGAUAAAUAUCACUGGGGAAAGAAAUGA